AGCUAACAGCAGAGAGAGAGAGAGAGAGAGAGAGAGAGAGAGAGAGGGUUCUCUGGGAAGCAGUGGCAUCUUCUUCAUCUCAAGCUCAGUCGCAUCAAGACAUAAACUGUGUUUGGGCAGAACAUUCUGAAAGAGUCCAUAUCUCAAAGUGGGUGAAGAAAGAGAAGAAUGAUGAUAUCUGUGCCUUCAUCAUUACCCAUUGCCAGUUGCUUCCCAACAAGAACUAUGCCAGUUUCUCCUCAAGAUUGCUUUAUUACUAGAAAAUCCAGCAAGAAGAAGAGAAAAUCAAGCUCCAGAUUGGUGGUAGUAGCAGUAAGCCAGUCUCAGCUAGAGAGAAGCAAGAGCACUGUUGAUAGAGAAAAGUUGAAAGAGAGGGAGGCAAGGGAGAGAAAGGAGGAGGUGAACCGCAAGGUAGCUUCUAAGAAGGCCAUCUCUAUUAUACUUAGGAAGGAAGCUGCCAAGGCUGUCAUUGAGAAGAAGCGUGGUGGCACCAACUCCAGGAAGCUACUUCCACAUACUAUUCUUGAGGCUUUGCAUGAGCGAAUCACUGCCCUCCGCUGGGAAUCUGCUCUCAAGGUCUUUGAGCUACUCCGAGAUCAACUCUGGUACAAACCUAAUACUGGUACUUACAUCAAACUAAUAGUCAUGCUUGGAAAGUGUAAACAACCUCAACGAGCCCAUGCCCUGUUCCAAGCCAUGAUCGACGAAGGCUGCAUAGUUAAUCAUGAAUCAUACACAGCACUUGCUUCAGCCUACAGUAGGAGUGGCCUCUUGGAUGAAGCAUUUUCCCUACUCAAUGAGAUGAAAAACACUAAUGGCUGCCAACCCGACAUCUAUACCUACUCCAUUCUUAUCAAGUCAUGCUUGCAAGUCUUUGCAUUUGACAGAGUCCAAGAGUUACUCUCUGAUAUGAAGAGCGAAGGAAUCAUGCCGAACACUGUCACAUACAACACUCUUGUUGAUGCUUAUGGUAAAGCAGGCAGGUUUGAAGACAUGGAAUCUACACUCAGGGAAAUGCUCCUGGAUGGCAGCUGCAAGCCUGAUGUUUGGACGAUGAACGCAACACUCCGAGCCUUCGGUGGCAGCGGGCAAAUUGAAAUGAUGGAGAAGUGCUAUGACAAGUUCCAAAGUGCCGGUAUCAACCCCAACAUCAAAACCUUCAACAUUCUCCUUGACUCUUAUGGCAAAUCUCAGAAAUACGAGAAAAUGAGCUCAGUGAUGGAGUACAUGCAAAAAUACUACUUCUCAUGGACUCUUGUCACCUACAAUGUUGUCAUUGAUGCAUUCGGGAGAGCGGGCGACCUUCGACAAAUGGAGUACAUCUUUCGGUUAAUGAAGUCCGAGCGGAUAAAACCGAAUUGUGUCACUUUGUGCUCACUUGUUAGAGCUUACGGACGAGUGGAAGAUGUCGAUAAAAUUAAAGGAGUACUAAGAUACAUUGAAAAUUCGGACGUUACUUUGGACAUUGUGUUCUUUAACUGCUUGGUUGAUGCAUAUGGGAGAGCAGGUUGCCUUGCAGAGAUGAAGGAGGUGUUGGAAAUAAUGAAGAGCAGUGGAUGCAAGCCUGAUAAGAUAACUUAUAGUACCAUGAUCAAGGCCUAUCAAGGAAGAGGAUUGAGAGAUCAUGCUCAAGAACUUCGUGAUGUUAUUAGACAAGAGAUUAAUGUUAAUUCUAGAAAGGUUUCUAGUUUGUAAAUUUAUAGGAAUUAAUAUUGGAAUAGCUCUGAUUUUUCUUGAAAAUUUGAAUUAUUAAAAUAAAAUUAUAAGUUAUUGAAAUUGUAUCAAACCGCACGGUUCCUGUAAUCGGGGAGCUGGAACUCUGUCAAAAGUUGUGAUUGGAUAAAUGUUAUGCUUGAUUUUUUUUUUUUUU